UUAAAACGCGCCGCGAUGCUGGGUUUGUUGUGGUCCGGCUGAAGAAAGUAAAAUGGCAGUGUCCAAACACAGAAUAAAAUCCUGAGAUCCAUGUGACAUCCUGUUAUGAAGAUGGCAUUAAUUAAAGAGGAGCGUGGAGACAUGAAGAUUGAAGAAACAUUCAGAGCAAGACAAGAAGAUCCCGAUGAACUAACGGAACUGAUGUCACUGAAAGAGGAGAGUGACAUGCUGACUGAUAUGGAAGAGAAAGAUCAAUAUGAGAAACAUCAUGGUUUGAUAACUGGAGAUGAAUCUUUUAGUUGCUCACAGACUGAGAAUAUUUCCUCAGGAAAGAUAGAUUGUCAAAACAUAGGAACAAUAAGUUAUUUUGCCUGCUUUCACUGUGGGAAGAGUUUCAGUCAACAUGAAAACCUCCAGGUCCACCUAAAACUUCACACUGGAGAGGAGUCUUAUGCCUACCCUCAAUGUGGAAAACAAGAUGGGAAACUUCAAGUCCACAAAAGACUUCACACUGGAGAGAGCCCUUUGACCUGCCAACAAUGUGGAAACAUAUUUACUCAAAAAGGAAGCCUUAACAGGCACAUGAGAAUUCACAUUGGAGACAAGCCUUACACAUGCUUUCAGUGUGGAAAGAGUUUUGAUCAACAUGGGAAUCUUAAGGUCCACAUGAGAGUUCACACUGGAGAGAGCCCUUUCACCUGUCGGCAGUGUGGAAAAAGUUUUAGCCGAAAAGGAAACCUAAAUUAUCACAUGAGAGUUCACACUGGUGAGAGUCCUUUCACCUGUCAACAUUGUGGAAUAAGUUUCACUGUGAAAGGAAGCCUUACCAGGCACAUGAGAAUUCACACUGGAGAGAAACCUUACACAUGCCCUCAGUGUGGAGAAAGUUUCGAACAGCAUGGGAACCUUAAGGUGCACAUGAGAAUUCACACCGGAGAAAAUCCCUACACAUGCCCUCAGUGUGGAAAGAGUUUCGAUCAACACUGGAACCUCAAAGUCCACAUGAGAGUUCACACAGGAGAGAAGCCUUACAAAUGCACUCAGUGUGGAAAGAGUUUUGAUCGACAUGGAAACUUUAAAGCCCAUGUGAGGGUUCAUACUGGAGAGAAGCCUUACACAUGCACUCAGUGUGAUAAGAGUUUCACUCAAAAAGGACACCUUGAAGUCCACAUGAGAAUUCACACUGGAGAGAAGCCUUUCAACUGCCAACAAUGUGGAAAAAGUUUCAGCCGAAAAGAAAUCCUUGACAAGCACGUGAACAUUCACACGGGAGAGGAUGAGUUUAGAUCCACAUGGACAUCUUAAAGCCCACAUAAAAACUCACACUGGAGAGAAAUAUUUAUAUUUGGUCAGUGUGUGAAGAGUUUACGAUAUAAUGAAUUCAUUAAUUACUACAUGCAGAUUCACCUAACCCCUUCUAAGCUGUUCAAGGUCUUUUUAAUGCCAAAUGACAUUUGCUAAAAAUAUAUAUUUAAAAAAAAAAAUGUUCCCUUUAUCAAAAUGUCAAAAGACUUUGUACGCCUGUGGACACUUGCUAUCUUUACAGCUAAAAAAAUAAUAAUUGGAUUGAUAUAUGUUAGUGUGGGAGGGGGAAAAAGUCACACUCAGGAUGUUUGAAAUGACCCCACAUUGAAAUGAAUGGGGAAAUUAUAAAAUUAAUACUUUUUAUUUAUAAUUUGUCCAAUAAAAUCACUAAAUCUGCCACAAUGCAGAACACAAAAUGCACAAAAAUGUGGCAACCCUUCCACUGAUCCACUAUGUGGAACACUCUACCCUCUAAAAAUCACCCAUUGAAAUAAAUGGGAUACUAUAUAAACACUAAUUUCUGUUACAUAAUUUGUCAAAAAUGACAGUUACAAUGCAAAAAACAAAAACUAAAGGUGUGACACCACAACACAUCCUUGAUAGAGGAAAAAUACACCCACCCAAUGCCCCCCAAAUUCACUCAUAAGAAAUGAAAAAGUUGCAUGACAUAAUUUGCUCUCUCUUACAUAAUUUAUAGGGGUGCUCCGAUUGAUCAGCUGAUGAUCACUAUCAGCCGUUAAUUGUUUUGGGAUGUUUGAUCAGCAGUCUCUAAAUAGCCUGCUUCAAAUCACAUUGCGUCUGCACUAUAAGCGAGCUGCACAUUAAACACAGUAAUUAUCACUUGCAGAAUCGAGGCAGUGUCGAAUUGUUACAAAAUUGUAUACAUUUCCGUGCCCUCAUGCACACUCGCACCUCAUACACAUAAUGCCAGGUUCACAUUUCUCUGUUUGCAGUGUGUAUGUGGUGCAUAUUUUUUCUGUGCUUAUGUUAAAAAGAUUGAAGCGUUCACACUACACACAGCAGUGCGUUCCAGUUAUGUUGCAUCUGCAGCAGUAGAUUAUUUUUGGUAAAUAUGAACAUGGAUUGACACACAAAUUUUAUUUCACCAUACAUGCAUAUUAAUGCUAUAUUUAUUAUUGCGUUUAAACACGUCUAUUUAUGAUUGUAUUACUGCACUGUUUAAAAAAAGAAAAAGAAAAGAAAAGAAUCACAAUGCUGAAAAAAACUUUCAGUAACAAUGUUUAGAUUUAAAAUCAAAAUAAUGGAUAAAUGUGUUUGUAGAAAACAGCCUGUGCUGUGCGUAAGCUAUUGCGCAACAAUUGCACGAUUGUCAAAACAAAAAUGCAGUGCAUGAUCAAAUAUUUAGGUGAGAAAAAUAUGUUAUAUGUCUUACAAAUUGAAAUAUAAUAGAAUGUCUCUCAGAAGUCACCUAAGAGAGGAAUUCAUUUUCAAAAAUGAAAUUCAGACCCUGAAUAAAUGUCUAAAAAUAUUGAUUGGAUCAUCACUGUAAAUGAUUCUACAUGAUAAAAAGAAGGCUUUAAAAAUAUCGGUAUCUGUGAUUGUAUCGUCAGAUACUGCUUUCAGUUAUCGGUGAUCUGCCUCAAAAAUCCUGAUCAGAGCAUCCCUAAUAAUUUGUUAAAUAAAAAUCUACAAAGCUACAAUGCAGAAACAUACACAGAAAUGAUAGAGUGACACCACAGCACAUCCACGAUAGAGAACGAAUGCAAACACACACACUAAUACACACAUAUAACACCAUAUUCAGGUUUGGCUGUAAUUCUUGCAUGUAACCCUGUACUGUGUAACCCUGACAAACAGCUGUGUUCAAACACCUUAUACGUUCCCCAUUAAAAGAGAGAUGUUUUAUAUGUCAUCUGUGUGGAAUAAGUCUCAUUGUAUCACAAUUUGCAGAAACAAAGCUAAUUUUAAAGGUCAGAAAAUCUUAAAGGGUUGUUUAUGUGUAUAUAUAUAUGAUUUGCACACAUGCACAAAUAAAAUGUGGAAAAAUUAUUUUCAACUUUCGUUCUGACCCUGUCUCUAAAACAACCUGUUUGGAGGGUGCAUGUCCUUUCAGGAUUGUCGUUAAUUGGACACUGUUGGCUAACGUCACUUCAAAGCAGUGUUAAUUU